UGCGACUACAAUGUUAUGAGAUUAAUUUGAGACGAAAACGGAUGUGAGCGACGUGAAAACCGGAAAUAAAACCUUUCGGCACGAGUUCACCUCUUUUUACAGCUAUCACACGUGUGUUUGAAGGAAGACAAGAAAACAGAUAGGGGAACCACCAUGACGUCAUUAGCCUACCAGCUAAAGCGGCUGGCACUUCCUCAGAAUGACCCCAAUUUACUGUCACGCAAAGAGGUUUCUUCACUUCUCUUUGACCCCAAAGAGGCGGCAACACUCGACAGAAGUACCUUCUACGCAAUAGGCUGCACGGGUCUGGAGGAGCUGCUGGGAAUCGAACCAGCGUUCCAGGAGUUCCAGGACUCUCUGUUCAGCCGUGCAUCACUCACACUAGAGCGGAGUGUCCAAUCUAAAGAUGUCAACAAAAAACUGGAUGCCGACAUCUCCCUGUUCCUGACCCGCCUUUCACCGUACUUUCUCCUUAAGCCGGCACACAAGUGCAUCGAGUGGCUGGUGCACCGCUUCCACAUUCAGCUUUACAACGUGGACAGCCUGCUGGCUUGUGUGCUACCAUAUCACCACACCAACACAUUUGUCCGAGUGAUACAGCUUCUCAAGAUAAAGGAUGCCACCAACCGCUGGAAUUGGUUGCAGUGCCUGCAGAAACCAGGCGUUCCGCUGGCUAAAGGGACUCUAGUCACACACUGUUACUCGGACCUGAGCUUCAUGGACUUCAUCUGCAACUUGGUCACGACGUCCAUUCAGGCUUAUUCCGGACAUUCUCAGAGUUUCUCUCAGCUCCGAGUCAUCUUUUCCUUCUAUGCCUCCACCAUUGUGUCUGCUUUAGACAGUGUUGACAAAGUGUCGGAGACCAUCGUUGCUAAACUGCUGCCAUACAUACAGAUGGGUCUGAAGUCGGAACUUGCCGACUACAAGGCAGCCACCUACAUGAUUGUGUGUCAGAUGGCGGUAAAGGUGGUGAUGAAUGCCAGUCUGGUUGACACGCUGGCUGUGCGCAUUAGCAAGUCUGUACUCAAAGAGCCCUUGUUGGCCAAAGAGGGGCUGGGCUGCCUUAUCGUGUUACUGCAGCGCCAGAAAGACGGCGCGGGUGGGUCAAGAUUCUGUCGCCAUGUUUGUUCCAUGCCUGCACUGGCAUCUACACUACAGCUCAUGGCAGUGACCCAUGACGUUAGCCCUCUUCUGCGCUAUCUGCUGCCUCACCUUGUACAGCAAGUAUUUGCUAACACAGAUGAUGCAAGUGUGCUGGAGUCUCUCCUGGAGUAUGUCCCUCUGACUAAUGGCUUGGAGGGAAAGGUGGCUCGUUUGCUGCUGGAUGAAUACAUGAGUCAGACAGAGCUCUCCGAAGACAACAUCUCAACUUUAAACCAGCGUUUGCAGCCACUGGUUCGACUUUUUGAGUCAAAGUACUGCAGCACUCUGGACAGCGUCCUCACUGGCCACGUAACAGACCUCAGCAACUCAGAUCAGAAAGGACUAUUCCACCAUUUCCUUUCUCUCUCCAUCAGUAGUGGGAAAUUCCAGAUUGUGGGCGACUCUGACACGUCGCUGCUUCUCAGCUUGAAGCACCCGCAGCCGUCGCUACGAAUCUCUGCUCUAAAGCAGCUGAGGAGCAUUGUGGUCGCCGGGCAGCAGCUUCAGAGUUUGGAUCAGGACUUCCAGAAAGACGCCUUCAUCGAGUGUUUGAAGGAUGAGGUUCCAGACGUCGUCCAUGCCACACUUGAUAUUUUGGAGAUAUCGUUUUAUAUUCCUGAUUCCGAGGCCCUUGUGUCCAAUUUAUUAUCUCUGCUGUACAGAAUCGAUCAGCCCGAGGCCGACAGUUGGUUGCCAGUUUUAACACGAACGAAAAACGUACUGACUUCCAGCCGGUUGGAAAAUUGGAGUGCCGAGCAGGUGGACAAGAUCAACUGGGGUUUGCUUCCUUUCCUGGUGAUCACCACCACUCGUCCAGAAUCUGCUCAACUCCAACUGGCCCGUGAAAUCGCCCGCUGCGACAUCUUCGCCCGACAUCCGCUCACUCUAACUUGGAAUGAAGAACUGCAUAAAGUGAUGAAGCAGAGCUAUAAGGACGACAUGGUCGGUUUGGCCAACCAGCGACUGGUCAUGACUUUAAGGAAGAACCUGGCAAAAAUGGAACACUUGGCCAAACGUGAUGCUCUGGAAAAGUUGCGCCUUUUGGGGGAAGAGCAGCGCGUGCAUGGUGUCAGGGGCGCCACCUUCUUCAUGGUGGUGAUGGAGACACUGUUGCUGGGCCUUGAGCAGCUGGGCGAAACCGAGCAUCUGUUCACCGCCCAGCAAGUCUUCGCUGUUCUCGAGCCUUCUCUGCUGAAAGUCGUCAAAACCCACGAUGUGCAGGAAGUCUUCCCUUCUGUACUCCCCGCAUCCUUCAGCGAGGCUCUGACCUCGUACCUGAGCAGGUGUGAUCAGGAACCAACCGGGCAGCACGAGAGCGAGUACAGCCAGGUGCUGAUUUGGUUCCUCCGAGACUUCAUCGCCUCUCUCAGGUGUCAUGACGACAACUUCAAAGCUGCCAUGUGGUGGAACCCAGAGAAGUUGGAUGUCAACACAUGCUGCUAUCUGGGGCUCCUCUCACGCCUCUUAGCCGUCAUCAUCGAAGGUGCCAGCGAAGGCCCGACCGCUGGCAGUUUUCGGGAUAUCAUGAAGCUUCUUGUCAAGGUUCACCUCAGCAACGUGACAAUGCUCUUCAGGUUCCUGUGUAUGAUAUGGGGGUACAGCAGUAACAAUGGGGAUCAGCUGGGCUUUAAGGUUGACGCUGUCCUGCAGACUCAAGCUCUCUAUGUGGGCGGCGCUUUGCUGAGCGCCCAGCCUGCUAAGACGCUGGCGGGGCUUGCCGGAGCCGAUUCUCCUGUGGUACCAUCCUUGCUGUGCUGUCUGGCCUCACCUGUCCGGGAGGUCCGAAGGGCGGCCCUCAGCGCCCUUCAAAGCCUAUCGGGCGUAGGGGCCAGUGCCUUCCUGCCAAUCGUAGAGAAGCUUCUGAGUACCUCGGAGGAGAUUGUCGCUGACCAAUCUUACUUGAGCACGGCUCUUGGUGGUCUUCAUGAGGCAAGUGAGUCAAGUAAAAAGAAUUCGCCGCUUAAGGCGUCAAUGCGUAAGCUGCUGCUGAGUGUCCAGACGCCCUGCUGCCCUUCGUAUACUGCCUCCGAUCUGCUGAGGGCCUUGAGCCACGUCAAAGGACAGGCCGUCCUAUCUGACCUGCUCCCCGUCCUGGAUCGGCUGCUCAACAACACCCCCGAUACAUCCACUUUACUGCUCGAUGAGACCUUGUUGUUGCAGCUAGUCCUGGGCAAGUACAACGAGUCGGCAGCUCCUCUACUAGCUGCCGACCAAAACUGUCUGGACUUGUUCAUCCGAGCUAUGAAGACCACCACGACGGCCUUCCCGGGUGUCCCCAGUUGUCAGAUUCUUGCUCUGGAACAGAUUACAAAGCCAUUUUUCUCUGCUGUGGGAGAUGAGAAGGUCCAACAGAAGCUGCUGACUGUCAUGUUCGACGUGCUGGUGGACAACAACACACUUGUUGCCAGUGCUGUCGGCAACGCCUUUAAAGUUAUUGCAGUGGACGGUCAGCUAGUAGCCAACGAGCUGACCCCUUCGGAAAAAGCCAAGGUGGCAGUGACGGUGCAGCAAACUCGAAGAAGCAGAAUGCAAAGGAAAGCGGAAGAGAGCACUGAUGUUUCUCUAGAUGCGGGCACUGUAUCUUGGCAUAGAGUCACGCUGAUCCUGGAGUUGUUGCAGCACAAGAAGAAGUUGAAGCGAGCCCAGAUGUUGGUGCCGGUUCUGUUCUCGCUGCUGGACAGGAGCUUGGAGGCGUCUUCUGUUGAAAAGGCCAACAUGGAGUACACCAAGCAGCUUCUUCUCGGUUGCCUCCUCAACGUUUGCAACAAACUGGCGCCUGAGGGAAAACUUUCUGGGCCGGAUGUCCUGGAUGAAGACAAAUUCAGCGUGGAGCUAGUGGUCCAGUGCAUCCGAGCGACAGAUGUUCCUCAGACUCACCAUCACGCUCUGCUGUUACUGGGCACCGUCGCCAACAUCUUCCCUGAAAAAGUUCUUCACAACAUCAUGCCCAUCUUUACCUUCAUGGGCGCCAACAUCAUGCGUCUGGACGACGCUUACAGCUUUAGAGUCAUUGACAAGACGGUGCAAAUGAUCAUCCCGGCGCUGAUUAAGGCGCACAGCCAGUCAGAUAGAGGCUUGGACACGGCAGUGACGAGGAUCGUUCACGUCUUCGUCGACGCGCUGCCUCACGUACCCGAGCACCGACGACUACCCAUCCUUGAUCAGCUGGUCACCACGCUAGGCCCGGCCCGCUUUCUCUGGGUCCUAAUGCUCCUUCUGUUCAAGCUUCACAGCACGCAGGCGACUAACUUCGAUAGCGAGAAGGAAGCGGCUCUGGAGCGAGACAUGGACUUCUGGAUCUCCGUUUGUUGCCAGUUUGAGGUGGCCGAUCAAAUCAAGGCGCUGAUCAACAUCAUGAACUUCCUCAUUCAGCUGCCCAACGACAAAGAUGAUGGUGCGACCAAGCCCACCGUGAGUCAGCGGGGCGCUGCUAAGAAGAAGGGAGAAGAGGAGAAAGUGGAAGAUGUGAUCUUUGGCGUGGAGGCCCACAGCGGCAAAGUGUUGAGACACUUUAAGUUCCUAUCCGUGUCCUUCAUGGCUCAGCUGCUUGGCUCGGGUAGCUUCAUUGAAAAAGUGGCGGACACGCAGGAUGUUAUUGAUGACGUCCAGGCUGAGUCUCUCCAGCGGUUGCAACAGCAGUUGCUGGAGGACAACCUACAUUACAUCCAGUGCGUCGCCCGCUGCGUGGAGGAGAACGCCGACAAGCCCAUCGCCAAGUUUUGGAGAGUUCUCCUGAAUAAAUCCUACGAUGUGUUGGAUAAGGUGAACGCAUUGUUGCCCACGGACACUUUCAUCACUGUGAUGAGGGGGUUGAUGGGAAAUCAGCUUCCGUCAGUGAGAAGGAAAGCCAUGGAGCUGCUCAACAACAAGCUGCAGCACAAGACGCAGUGGGCGGAGCAACAGAUCAGGGUACUUUUAGAGCUCAUUGUGGACCUCCUCGCCAUCGUGGGUCCACCGCAAGGAGAGAAUGCGGAGGAAGCGUCGGAGCAGGCAGUCAACAGGCAGACGGCACUUUACAGCCUCAAGCUGCUUUGCCGCCUGUUUGGCGCGACCCACCGGGAGGAAUUUUUGCCUGUCCUGCUGCGCGCUGUGGAGAUCGUAAUGUCGCCAAACGAGGAGAAGAAUGUGACGGCUAGCUCUUUGCUUUGUGUGGCUGAAGUCGUCGGCGCUCUUAAAGCUCUCGCCAUCCCACAGCUGCCCAGGUUGAUGCCAGCCGUGCUGCAGGUGCUAACUGACAGGAAGGAUCUGCUGACCAACGAGAUUUACUUGCUGAGCGCCGUCACCGCCCUGCAGCGAAUCGCAGAGACACUAGCGCACUUCAUUAGUCCUUACCUGCAAGACACCACCUUACAGGUGUGUCGGCUGACACGACUCCUGCAGGAUUCUCCGACAUCUUCUUCGUCGUCGUCUUCUGCCACCAGUCAGCUGUCAGUGCGUCUGACCUCCCUCAGGAGCUCCCUGGCCAUUAAAUUGCCGCCCAGGGUCCUACUGCCUGUCAUUACUGGUUGCUACAGUGUCUUAGUGGCAGACAAACAGGACCAGCUGGAGGCGCUAAUGAGCAUCCUCAAAGAGCACCUGGGCAAUAUGGAGCGAGAGCAGCUUAGUUUCCACCAAUCAGAGCUGACAGACUUCUUCCUCACCGCUUUGGACUUUCGAGCCCAAUUCUGCCAGGGCAACCUGUCAAGGACGGCGCAGAUCGAGGGCGGGGCUAUCGACUGUCUGCUGGUUAUGGUCAUGAAACUCUCCGAAGUCACGUUCAGGCCGCUCUUCUUCAAGCUGGUCGACUGGAGUAAAUCGGGCAAGAAAGAUCGUCUGCUGACUUUCUUCCGAAUGUGCGACCGCAUCGCCGAGCGACUCAAAGGUCUCUUUGUGCUGUUCGCGGGAAACCUGGUCAAGCCGUUUGCGGACCUCCUUCAGCAGAUCAACGUCGCAAAGACCGCCGAGCCGUUAUUCGACUCCAAGCGCGGCGUGGAGAAGAGUGACCUUCUGCUUGGCUUCGUUCUGGACUGCCUGCACAAGAUCUUCUUGUACGACACACAGCGCUUCCUCAGCAAAGAGCGAGCUGAUGCCCUUAUGGCGCCGCUUGUUGACCAGCUUGAGAACACGCUCGGUGGGAACGAGGCAUACCAGCAGAGGGUGACCAAGCACCUCCUCCCUUGUUUGGCUCAAUUUGCAGUGGCGCUGGCUGAUGACACGCAGUGGAAGAGCCUCAAUUAUCAAGUCCUGCUCAAAAGCAGACACGCCGACGCCAAGGUGCGCUUCUCCUCGCUCCUGAUGCUGACUGAGUUGGCGGGCAAGCUGAAGGAAAAUUACAUGGUGCUGCUGCCAGAAACCGUGCCCUUUUUGGCUGAACUCAUGGAGGAUGAGUGUGAGGAGGUGGAGAAGCAAGUUCAGAAGGCAGUUCAAGAGAUGGAGAACAUCUUGGGAGAAUCGCUACAGAGUUACUUCUAGCUUCAAACAUUGUUUGGACUUAAAUCAGUAUAAAGUGCCUUUGUUGUUAUCACCAUAAAAAUAUUGUCGAAUACGGCACUGUAAAAAGAACAUUUUCAGAUCUUGAAGUUUUAUUUGAAUUUAUUUUCAUUUUGAUGGAAAACUUGAUCAGUAACUUGAUGCAAAAUCAAGUUAUUGCCAAACUCAACAUUUUAAGUAAACUGAAGUCAAGGAAGUAUAACUCAGCAAUUUAAAGGGGAAGAUAUUUAAUGCACCACACACCAAGGUUGUGGGAUGGUUGGGA